UUCCGUACAGUGCCACGUGUCGAAACUGGCACGUGCUAUCCACACUUCUUCGCCUUCAGAUUUCCUCCUCUCAGACUCAGUCCUUCAUUUCUCGUGCAAAACCCAAAAGGAAAAGCAGCAGGAGGAAGGAGGAGGCUAACCCUAAAAUCACUGCAUUUUUUAAAAGGGUUCCAACUUUCUGAAAUCUGUUUCUGUCUGAGUUGAGUCAGCGAAUAGAUGACGACUUCUAUUUUCACAAAUCAUAAGGCUACACCUAUACGCCAUGCCAUCCACUCCGCUGAUGUAUUUAGCCGGAGGAGGAAGUUUUCGCAUCUGCCUUGCAAACUUAAUGUGAAGCAGUCAGUGGAAACUGUCCAAUUAUGGGCAAAAAUUAAGAACACUCGCACUACCACGACUACAGCUUUUGCUACUCCAAACGAAAAUGAUGAAGGUGAAAGAAGCGGUUCGCAUGCUUGUUCCGGUGAGCAAGUGUUUGUGCGUUUGGAAAAUAAUUAUAGUUCCAAUGAUCUGGAUGAGGAAGCUGCUGGUUCUCUUCCGGAGUCGGGUUCAGGAGUCUUUCAGAUGGCCGAGCACUCGGUAAAUCUGGCAAGCCUCCUGGACAAAUUGAAGGCUUUACAUUUGCAUGUAUUAGCGUCAGAGCAGUGGAAUGCAUCUAGGCUGAAAUUAUGUCACAACAAUUACGUGGAGAGUGCAAAAAACUUAAUCCAUUAUUUGGCUUUGAAAUGUCUUGACAUUGAGCCACUCAAAUACGAUCUAGCUUUGAUCAGUCUGCUGAAUUUGGAGAUGGUCAAUUCAUCUGUCCUUGCAAGUCUUACCACAUGCAUUGAACUGUUGGAGAACCUACAGUUGAACUCUUCAAUAACUGGCAAAGAUGUUAGUGCCGGAACUUCCACUCAGGGAAAGCUAUAUCAUCAAACGAAUGGGAAUUUCACAAUAAACACGAUGAGAAUGAAGGCAUGUUUGAACCGAGAGUUAUUAUUGGGACCACUUCAAGGUAGUAGGUGUACACAUAUCAUGACAACCAUUGGAGAAGAAGCUCUUGAGUGUGAAACACUAAUAGCUGAUCUUAUAAAGGCUGGGACCUCAAUAAUUCGAAUAAAUUGUGCUCAUGGAAGUCCUGAAAGCUGGAGUGAGAUAAUCAGAAGAGUAAAAAGGAGUUCUCAAAUGCUGGAGGCCCCAUGUCGAAUUCUUAUGGAUUUAGCUGGUCCAAAACUUCGUACAGAUAAUCUAAAGCCUGGUCCAUGUGUUGUAAAAGUAUCCGCCAAGAAAAAUGCUACUGGAAAGGUGAUUUUUCCUGCACAAGUUUGGCUUUCUCAUAAAGGAGCUGGUGCUCCUCCUCCUCAUCUUUCUCCUGAUGCUGUUCUGUUCAUAGAUGACGAAAACUUUUUUACUGUAGUUAAAGUAGGUGAUACUUUGAGGUUCUUUGAUGCUAGAGGUAAGAAAAGGAUGCUAAAGAUUUCCAGAGUCUUUCAUGUUUUUUCUGGUACUGGCUUUAUGGCGGAGUGUACUAGAACUGCUUAUGUUAGUUCUGGAACAGAAUUAUAUAUUAAGAGGAAGAAAGACAGAUUACCUGUUGGACAAGUAGUAGAUGUCCCUCCUAGAGAGUCGUCUAUCAGACUAAGAGUUGGAGAUUUACUAAUUAUUUCACGGGAUAGUACAUGUGGCGAGGAUAAUUCCUAUGGGCACGCAAGUGGUGCUUAUAGAAUAACAUGUUCAUCGGGCUAUCUCUUUGAUGCAGUCAAACCUGGAGAGCGCAUAGCUUUUGAUGAUGGAAAGAUUUGGGGAGUCAUAAAGGGAACUACUAUUUCAGAGAUUGUUGUCUCAAUCACUCAUGCUGGCCUAAGAGGGACUAAACUUGGAUCCCAGAAGUCCAUCAACAUCCCAGACAGCAAUAUUAGGUUCAAAGGUGUAACUUCAAAGGAUCUAGUGGAUCUUGAAUUCGUUAAGUCUCAUGCAGACAUGGUGGGUGUUUCAUUUAUUAGAGAUACUCGUGAUAUUAUAGUGCUUCGCCAAGAACUGGAGGAAAGGAAACUUCAAAACCUGGGGAUUGUUUUAAAAAUUGAAACAAAAAGUGGGUUUGAAAAGUUGCCCCUCUUGCUUUUGGAAGCAAUGAAAUCUUCAAAUCCUUUAGGGGUUAUGAUUGCCAGGGGAGAUCUUGCUGUGGAGUGCGGGUGGGAAAGAUUGGCUGAUAUACAAGAAGAGAUAUUAUCUUUUUGUAGUGCUGCUCACAUACCAGUUAUUUGGGCAACUCAGGUCCUCGAAUCACUCGUCAAAUCCCGAGUUCCUACCAGAGCUGAGAUUACUGAUGCUGCAAGUGGAAGGAAGGCAAGCUGCGUUAUGUUGAACAAAGGGCGACACAUUGUAGAAGCUAUUUCAACUCUAGAUAAUAUCCUGAACUCGAACUCAAGACAGAUGAAAGCUGAAGUUAAGUCACUUGUUCCAUCCAGCCAUCUUGUUUAGGAAAGUCCGAGUUCUUGCAUUUAGUGGAAUACUGUUAUUGUAUAGUUUGCAGCACUAUCUGAUUUGGAACACCUGAAAGUUCCUUUUUUCUGUCAUGGACCUAAAAAGUAGUAUAUUUUUUUUGGGCUA